AUGUCGCAACCACACCCUCUAUUUAACCGUCUUAGUCAAGAUGCUCCUCAAAUUCCUCGUCUUGGGCUUGGACUGAUGGGCAUGAGCUUGAUGUAUGGCCCCACGGCCAGUGACAGUGAACGAUUUGCUGUGCUCGACCGUGCCCUUGAGCUGGGCGCCAAUCAUUGGGACUCGGCCGAUAUGUACAAUGACAACGAGGAGCUAAUAGGGAAAUGGUUCAAGCGAACAGGCAAGCGAGACCAGAUCUUCCUUGCGACCAAGUUUGGAAUUGUGAAGAAUGUCCCGGAUUAUUCCAAGGUGGACAGCUCGGCAGCAUAUUGCAGGAAGGCAUGCGAGGAGAGUCUGAGAAUACUCGGUACCGACUACAUCGACCUCUACUACAUGCACCGCGCAAACCCUGAGACACCUAUUGAAGAAACUGUGCGGGCCAUGGCAGAGUUGAAAGGUGAAGGAAAAAUAAAGCAUAUUGGCCUCUCUGAAAUAACAGCAAGCACGCUUCGCCGGGCCUGCAAGGUUGCGCAGAUAGACGCUAUCCAGGUCGAAUACUCGGCUUUUGUUCUUGAUAUCGAGAACACGGGCGGCAUUUUGGAGACAGCACGCGAGUUGGGGGUUACCGUGGUCGCCUACUCCCCCCUGGGGCGUGGGAUCCUCACCGGAAAUCUUUCUCAAGAUGCCAUCUCCAGCGAGGGGGAUUUCCGCCCCAUGUUCCCCAUGUAUGCUGAAGAAAAUCUUAAGAAGAAUCAAGUCCUCUUAGACCAGCUGGGAGCCCUCGCAGGGAAGAAGGGAUGCACGACUGCGCAAUUGGCCAUUGCCUGGCUUUUGAAGCAGGGAGACGAUAUUGUUCCAAUCCCCGGUACCAAGAGGAUCAAAUAUUUGGAGGAGAAUUUUGGAGCUCUUCGCGUGCAGCUGAGCGAUGCUGAGGAAUCGGAGAUUAGGAAGAUCAUCAACAAUGUUGCUGGAGGGCGAGCACCUGAUUGGGCAAUGGGAGCACUUGAAGCUGAUACUAGAGAGGAGUAA